UAUCUCGUAUGUAGUAACUCAUUAAAUUGAAAUUUAUCAAUUUUCUUAUUAACGUCAUAGAUUCAUUUAAUCGGAAUGAUUAAACUGGUGAUAUGACGGUUAAAAACUUUGGUGAUAUAACCUGAACCACCACUCGUAGAUAGUGGCAUGUUAUGUAGGUAAACAAAAUUACAUUAAAAUGAAUAAUGUCUAUGAACAGCUGACCAUUAAAGGUAUAACAAACUGGGUUGCCUCAGGAGCAAUUAUAUUUGGUGGAAUUAUUCCAUACGUAUUGCAGUAUAGGGAAAUUAAAAAAAGAGAAAAUGCAGAAGGAUUUUCUCUUUAUGUAUGCCUUGCACUUUUAAUAGCUAACACUUUACGUAUUUUCUUCUGGUUUGGAAAGCGUUAUGAAAUACCUCUUCUGUUGCAAAGUAUAUUUAUGAUCAUUACUAUGUUUAUUAUGAUUAAACUUUGUAUCACUGUACAAAAUAAAAGUCAGAUGAUUAAAGCCAGAGAUCACGUAUUUACUGAUUUUGAUAUAAAUUUUUUCUGGAAAUGGACAAAUUUUCAAUCCUAUUUGAAUUUCAUGCUAUUAUUUGGGAUACUAGUAGGAAUCCUGACAUAUCUGUUAGUAGAUGUACCAAUAUUUGUUGAAACAGUGGGAUUACUUGCAGUAUUAACAGAAGCUAUGCUUGGAGUACCGCAAUUCCUUUGUAAUGUUUCAAAUAAAUCCACUAAUGGUAUGAGCACAUUUAUGGUUACUAUGUGGACAUUAGGUGAUACGCUUAAAACAUGCUAUUUUAUUAUGAAAGAAGCUCCAAUUCAAUUUGAAAUUUGUGGUAUGCUUCAAGUUAUGAUUGAUGUUGCAAUUUUAGCACAAGUAUAUAUUUACCGUAAUAGUACAGAUGUACAUUUAAGGAUUCCAAUAAGAACUGAUUGACUAUAAUAAUUUAUAUGUUAAUUUUGUAAUACAUUUUUUAUACAGCUUUUAUUUACAAUGAAAUUUAUCUAUUUUAUUCAAUAACGUUUAUUCUUUACACGUAACUGUACAAGGAAUAACAUAAAAUGCACAAUCUAUUGCGAACAAGUAGAUACUUAAGUAUCAA